AUGACGGUCCACUAUUCGGCAGCUGUCGCCGUCGUCCUUCUGCUCUCCUUGCUGUCCCACUCGCGCUCCUCCUCCGACGCUCCCCCGUCCACGCCGGUGUCCCCGUCCGCCGCGUGCAACGCCACGACGGACCCGACCUUCUGCCGGACCGUGCUGCCGCCGCACGGCACGAGCGACCUCUACACGUACGGCCGCUUCUCCGUGGCCAAGUCGCUCGCCAGCGCCACCAAGUUCGUCGGCCUCGUGGACCGCUACCUCGCCCGGCACCGCCACCUCUCCCGCAGCGCCGUGGGCGCGCUGCAGGACUGCCGCCUCCUGGCCGGGCUCAAUGUCGACUUCCUCUCCGCCACGGGCGCCGCGCUCAACGACACAACCGCCGACGACGCGCUCCUCGACACGCGAGGCGCCGACGACGUGCAGACGCUGCUCUCGGCGAUCCUGACCAACCAGGAGACCUGCAUCGACGGGCUGCAGGCCGCGUCCGGGGCGUGGUCUGACCGCGGCGACGGCGGCCUCGCGUCCCCCAUCGACAACGGCACCAAGCUCUACAGCCUCUCGCUGUCGCUCUUCACCAGGGCGUGGGUGAAGGAGGAGCCCGCCGAGAAACGUCACCACGGCCACAAGGGCCACAGGACGAAGCCCCCGAGCCGGAGGAGGGGGCUGUUUGACGCGAGGGACGAGGUGAUGGUGCGGAGGAUGGCGAUCGAGGGGCCGCAAGGGACGGUGGCGGUGAACAGGGCGGUGACGGUGGACCAAGGCGGCGCCGGGAACUACACGACCGUCGGGGAUGCCGUCGCAGCAGCACCCACCAACCUCAAUGGCAGCGGCGGGUACUACCUCAUAUACGUUCUCACCGGUGUGUACGAGGAGAACGUGGUGGUGCCCAAGAAAAUGAAGUACAUCAUGAUGAUCGGCGAAGGGAUCGGACAGACGGUCAUCACCGGCAACCGGAGCGUCGUCGACGGCUGGACGACCUUCCAGUCGGCCACCGUAGCGGUGCACGGGCAAGGAUUCGUGGCGAUGAACAUGACGUUCCGGAACACGGCGGGGCCGGCGAAGCACCAGGCGGUGGCGCUCCGUUCCAGCGCGGACCUGUCGACCUUCUACAGCUGCAGCUUCGAGGCGUACCAGGACACGCUGUACACGCACUCGCUCCGCCAGUUCUACCGGGGCUGCGAGAUCUACGGCACCGUGGACUACGUGUUCGGCAACGCCGCCGUGGUGUUCCAGGACUGCGACUUCUACUCGCGGCUCCCCAUGCAGGGCCAGAGCAACACCGUCACGGCGCAGGGCCGGACCAACCCGGAGCAGAACACGGGGACCUCCAUCCAGGGCUGCAGGCUCGCCGCGGCGCCCGAGCUCGCCGCCAACGCUGCCUUUACAACGGUAACUUACCUCGGCAGGCCCUGGAAGAACUUCUCCCGGACGGUGGUCAUGGAGUCCUACCUGGGCGCGCUCGUGGACGGCACCGGGUGGAUGCCCUGGUCGGGGGACUUCGCGCUUGACACGCUCUACUACGCCGAGUACAACAACUCCGGCCCCGGCGCCGACACCAGCCGGAGGGUCAAAUGGCCCGGCUACCACGUGCUGGGCGAUGGCGCCGACGCCGGCAACUUCACCGUUAACAACAUGGUGCUCGGGGACAACUGGCUGCCGCAGACCGGCGUGCCCUUCACCAGCGGGUUCGACCACUGAUCGAUCAAAUCGAGUGUACCAUCUGGUACUUUGAACCGUAUAGAUCGACGUUAUAUAUUGCUAUAGAUAUGUAGUGGCUUGAGAUUAAGUUGGGGUUGUGUUAGAUCUUUAUGUAAAACAGAUGAGAUCAACUUGUACCGAAUGGAAAGUUAUAAUUGUGGUUCAGAGCCUAA